AUGAAGUUCAGCAUCCUUGCCCUCUCGGCCGUGGUCGCUUGCGCGACUGCGGCAGACACUACUACCGCGAACGCUUCGACUGUUACUCUGACCCCCGAGGCUCAGUGCGCGAAGAGCUGCGAAGCCACGGAUAUUUGCUGCACUGCCAAGUGCUACAAGGUGCCAUGCCCUAGCGAUAACCAGGCAAAUGACACCAAUGAAUGUGUCGCUGCCUGCCCUCAAGGCAAUGGCUCCCCGGCCGAUACCCAGAAGUACGCCGACUGUGAGCAGUCCUGCUAUCGCUCACACUUCUGGGGUGGCAACGGCAACGGUGCAACUGCAACCCACUCUUCCGCCACCUCCACUGGCACCGGCAGCACUGCCACACAGACCAGCUCUGACUCGUCGAGCACCGACUCCAAGUCUUCGGACAGCAAUGACAGCAACGAUAGCAAUGAUAGCAAGGACAACAACGGCAACGAUGACUCCUCUUCUGCCACUGCUACCAGCUCCUCGGGCGAGUCGAAGGAGACCAGCAACGCCGGAGCCAAUGUCAAGGUCGGUGCCUCCGCUGCCGGCCUAUUCGGUCUGGUUGUUGCUGCAUUUGCUCUGUGA